AUGGAGUACAUCGUACCGAAUCCGGCAGUCCUGGAGAGAUGGACCGAGGAGACCCUGCAUAUCAUCUCCGACUCUAGCUGCAACCCCGAGGACUUGAUCGCCAGCAUCAAGCCAUCACCCUACAUGACCGCAUACUUCCUCCAAGGACAGCAACAACUCAUUCUCCACACCGCGCAUUGGCGAACCGAUGGCUUCGGAGCUUUGCAGCUGCUAAAUAACUGCUUCGAGGCCAUCAUGUCCGAUCAAGACCCCAGCACCCUCUCCUGGGGGGAUGAGGUCGCACGUCUCGCGCCUGGCAUCGAGGAGGGUCUCGGACUUCCCGAGAAUCCCACACCAGAGAUCCAGGCUGCAACAGCCAGACACCUUGCCACCGGCGCACGGGGCAUCCGACGAAGCCUGACCGAAGCCACGACCACAGCCGUGAUGGCUGCCUGCGAAACCCGUGGCCUCGCACUAUUAGCUGCAGUUCAUGCCUCCCUCGCAGCGGCGAAUCUGCUGAACGCGGCUUCGUCAUCCAAUCCCAACGACCAUUAUACAAGCAUCAUGCGCUUCUCUCUGCAACCAUAA